UUGUUCGGUGUACCACAGGAGCUGGCCCCAUUUUGGACCAAUGCUCUUCACUGGUUGGAUGCGGGGCGACGUGGCACUGUGGGCGUCCUGCAACAUAAAGCCCUCGACAAUCUCAAGAAAUCUGGGUUAAGGUGUGAGAAGAGCGACUUCAGGAAUGACCUGAGUGUGUUUGUGUGUUCGGCAUACAGUGACAAACACGCAGAAGAAAUCCACAACUUUGUGGCAGAGGGAGGAGGUCUGCUGAUUGGUGGCCAUGCUUGGUACUGGGCACAGUCACACAAAGGCGGAAAUCCCUUGACAGAAUUCGCAGGGAACAAGAUCCUGAAUAAAAUGGGCUUGAGCCUUUUGCCUGAAACCAUUGGGGGCGGUCGCUUCAAAGCUCCUGUACCCAGCCAGACUGGCAAAGACAGCUACCACUUCUGCCACCUUCUACAGCGUUUUGCCGCUCAUGUGACUGAGGGAGAGGAUCUUACCAAGAACGAGGAGCAAUGCCUUAAAAAGUUUGGCAAGGACUGUGCCUCCUUCUUAAAAAUGCAAGCCCAUGAUCGCUGUUCAUACGCUCAGGUCUUGUCCACCCUUACGCACGUCCUGAAGAAAUCGGGCAUGCCUCAGGUGUGUGACACCUGCCCAGUGAAAAGUCCCAAAGACCAUCUGCUGCUCAACAUGGGUUCAGAGGUCUUUAAGGUUUGCCCCAAUCCUGACAGCCUGUUGCCUUACCUCAUCAAUGAGAACCCCCUGUUGCCCGUUGUCUAUAAUCACAGGGUCACUUUGAAUGUCAACACAGCAGACAGAGAAGAGUGGGUCAGUACCGGGCUCUACCUUUCUCAAGGCAUGAAAACCUAUAUGGCAAUGCCUGGUGAGAUUGUCAACAAGGGAUGGAUGGUCCAAAUCGGUUGUCAAACAGACUAUCUUAAGGCUGAGGAGCUGAAGAGAGCGCCCAAUGUUCAUGAGCAAUUUCCCAUUGACAGUGAGAUGAUGCAGGUGUGGAACUUGUGGGGAGGUCUCAUCUACUUGGUGGCCCCACCUAAAACCCAAGUGGGAGGGGUACAGGUCAUAGUGCAGGUAGCUGUGCCGGCACCUUAUUAUAAAUCUGGUAUGACAACACCAGCCGAUUGGGCCAUGCUGCGAACAGCUCCUUCCCCUUGGGCAGAGUUGGAGUUUGAAAAUAUCAUACUCACUGUACCAUCAGAUACCAUUAGGAAUCUGGAAAGACCAGAUCUGCUGGCAGCGCUCUGGGACUCGAUCAUGAAAGGCAUUGCCGACUUAGCUGCCAAGCCACACAAAUUUCCCCGCAAAGAACGCUUUGUAGCAGAUGUACAAAUUUCUCAUGGUUGGAUGCACGCCGGCUACCCCGUCAUGAUGCACAAGGCCUCGGCAGAGGCGCUGGUCAACCUUGAGCAGGCCAAGACUAAAGGUUUAUGGGGCCCAAUCCACGAGCUCGGGCACAACCAGCAGAGAGAUCCCUGGGAGUUCCGGCCACACACCACAGAGUGUACAUGCAACAUUUGGUCAGUGUACAUCCAUGAGGAGGUGUUGGGGAUCAACAGGGGAAAGGCUCACGGCGAUGUCGCUUCAGCAAAAAGGAAGAGUCGAUUGGAGGAAUUUGUCAAAGGGGGCAGGCAACUCAGCAAGUGGGAGGUGUGGGUGGCUCUUGAAACAUACUUGCAGCUCCAGGAGAGAUUUGGAUGGGAUGCCUUCAAGAAGGUAUUUGCUGCUUACCACAAGAUAAGUAAUUAUCCAAAGGACAACGGCGGCAAGAUGAACCUGUACGCAGAGACUUUCUCCAAAACUGUGGGAAUGAACCUGUGUGGAUUCUUUAAAGCCUGGAGCUGGCCCAUCGAAAAGGCUACUGAGGAGAAACUAGCCAACCUUCCAACCUGGGUGGACCACCCCAUGGUCCAGUUUGGUUGAAUCUUGGGAUGAUUGAUUGAAAUAUAGAAGCGCUACAUUGUUGAAUGUGUUCAGAUUUUUUUGUUUUUUUUACAGCACUAAAUUUACACUUGAUUAUAUUUUGUUUUACUGCUCCAAAACAAAUAACAACCCUCAAUGAAAUAAUGACAAAUAAUUAAUUGCUUUCUCACAGACUAAAUUUUUUUCUCGGAUGAGUAGCAAAACAAGAAAACUUUGAGCAAGAAUCCUUUGCUGAAGCAUUUAAAGUUAUGAUACAAUUGCAAAUAACCUAGUCCCGUUUUCAAUGUUUUUUAAUGUAUUUGUGUGUAUUUGUGUGCCAUUUAAAUGGCACAAUGUCUUUGCUGUCAAUGGGAAAAGGGCCAAUAAAUGUUUUCAUGAUGCAUUUACAU